AUAAAAAAUAAACAUGUUAUGUAUCAGAUAAUAUUUUUGAAAUAAUGUUAAAUAAUAAAAAUAAAUAAAUAAAAUUUGUACCGCGGCUUCCUGACCACAGUCAAUAUUGAAAUUAGAGACGGAAUGGGUUCGAAUCUUCUAUCAAUAAUUCUUUUAAACUUUAUAUCUAAUUUUUAAUGAAAUUGUUGUUAUCUACAUUGUUGUAUAGUGCAUAUCCAUAUACAUACGUAUCUAUAUAUAGACAUACCUGUAUAACACUUGCCAAAUUAGUGAUGUCUAACUCUAUCGAGAAAGCGUGUUUAGGCGCUGAGGAGUUACCAAAAGCGUGUUUAGACGCUGAGGAGUUGCCAAAAGCGUGUUUAUGGGAAACCAUGCACGUCAUCAGAUGGGGAGGCUUCUGGUUUCCGGCCGAAGUCGUCAAACCGGCCAUGACCUUCCGGUCCAGCUUCACCGCCCGAAACGACGACGUUUCGCUCGCCUCCUCCAUGAAAACCGGCACCACGUGGCUCAAGUCCCUCGCCCUCUCCUGCAUCCUCAGCCCCGACGACGGCGCCGACGACCUCCUCGCCGCUGACAGUCCCCACAUCCUCGUCCCCUCCGUCGAGGCCGUCGUUUUCAACAGAAAACGCCUCAAAUUCGACAUCUACGACGCGUCCGCUCCGCGAUUGAUUCACACGCACAUCCCCUACUCUCUCCUCCCCGAUUCGAUCAAAAGCUCGUCGUCUUCCACAAAAAUUGUGUACAUCGCUCGAAACCCUAAGGACACUCUCAUAUCCUGGUGGCAUUUUUUGAAAUCCAAUUCCAGAUCAAUCCCUCUCGAAAAGGCCUUCGAUGCGUUCUCCUCCGGUGUCUGUAACUACGGCUCGUUCUUCGACCACGUGGCGGAGUACUGGAUCGAGAGCCGGAAACGGCCUGAGAAGAUUCUGUUUCUGAAAAACGAGGAGCUGAAGAGCAAUCCGAAAGCACAAAUAUCUAAAAUGGCGGAAUUUUUGGGAAAGCCUAUUGGGAGUGAAGAUGAGGUGGAAAAGAUUAUUUGGAGAUGCAGUUUGGAGAGGAUGAAGAAUCUGGAGGUGAAUAAGAGCGGGAGAACAUUCGUGCCAGUGAGCAACGACAGCUUCUUCAGGAAAGGGGAAGUGGGAGAUUGGAAGAACUACUUGACGCCGGAGAUGGCGGAGAGGAUCGAUCAACUGUCACGUGACAGGCAUGAGGCUAUUGAUUGAGGGUUAAGAGCAGUAAAAAAGAACCGUAGACAGGCCUUUCCUGUCAGAAGCUCGAUUUUGUCAUCUGCAACGGCCGUGUCUUGAUAUUAAAAUCUCGAUCUUAAAUCGCGGCCACCUGAAGCAGGCGAGGCCACGUGGAGUAGGAGGAGGUAUGUUCUCUAAAUAAUGAUCUUUUAUGUGGUACAAAAGAAAAUAGAGAUGUAUGAGGAAGGGAAAUACGAUAUAACUCACCGGAAAUGAGAUGGAGAUGCACGGUCAAUGCGGGGGCGUCUCCUACGCCAAUGUCGUCUUGGUGCGAAAAUUGGGAGGAGUUUUGAUUUUAAUAAAAAUAAUAAUAAUUUCACAUUCUUGUUCAAAAAACACAUUUGUCACGCUGCAUUGGCUGGACACAUAGGCGAAAAAUCUUGAAUGAUCAAAUUCCAUUUAACAACAGUUUAAUGAUCUUUCCUAU